CCAUUUCUGGCACGCGGUUCGUACCAGUAACAUCGGAUAACCCGGAGUGUAUACUUGUUUUUUUCUACAACUUUUUUUUUUUGAUAAUUAUACGAGACGGGCUUGCCGGUGAUUUAGUGCCAGUGGGGUUAUCAAUGGAAAGACGCGAAAUUGUUCAAUUCGUAGUCAAGUAUUUGAGUGUUUGCUGAAAUUAAAAACAAGCCAACAAAAAUGGUAAAUUUCAUAAACCAAACGACUUUAAUAAAAAUUUACGAUUAUUACGAAUGGACAUUAUCGCUCUCUGAUUCACGAACCAAAGGAUGGCCUUUGGUCGACUCACCCGGCCCCACUCUCCUCUACACUCUAAUUUACCUUUUUAUAGUAUGGAUAGGUCCAAAAUUGAUGAAAAAUCGAAAACCAUUUCGGCUGACGUGGCUUUUAAUACCUUAUAAUUUAACAAUGGCGGCUUUGAACGCCUAUAUAGCCAUACAGCUUCUCACUGCUUCGACCCGACUCAGGUACAGUUACAUUUGUGAACCAUGUCGUCAGAGGUACCACCCUGACGAACUCCAAAUCGCCAACGCUGUUUGGUGGUACUAUUUUUCGAAAUUAUUGGAAUUCUGUGACACUUUCUUCUUCAUUUUGCGAAAAAAAGACCGACAAUUGACUUUCCUGCACGUCUACCACCACUCAACCAUGUUUUCCUUGUGGUGGAUCGGCAUCAAAUGGGUACCGAGUGGUUCAACGUUCCUACCAGCGAUGGUAAAUUCGGCCAUUCACGUCCUGAUGUAUUCGUAUUAUGGUCUCGCGGCCUUGGGGCCCCAUAUCGCGAGGUACCUAUGGUGGAAGAAGUACCUAACCAUUCUUCAGAUGAUCCAGUUCACUUGUGCCUUGAUUUUGGGUAUAAACGGCAUUCGAACGGGUUGCGACUUCCCCCUAUGGAUGCACUACACCCUCAUCAUCUACAUGUUGUCCUUUAUUGUCCUUUUCGGUAAUUUCUACGUGAAAGCCUACAUAGAAAAGGGCAGUCAAGUUUUUUUCGGCAUGGACAUGGGCUGUGGUCAAGGCAACACCUACCAACGCAUUACCACCACCACCAAUCACCACCAAAACGGGAAAAAGAUCGACUAGAAACGCAUUUUUAGACAAUUUUUACAAAUCGCGAUCUUCCUGUUUGUUCAAUCAAAAAAAAAGAAGUGAUCUUUUUGAUUGUAGUGCGAAAAGUUGCUCUUUUAUUAUGAUUAUUAUAAUAGAUUUGUUAUUAAUUUUAUUCGUAGGCUAGUGUCGAGUCAAUUAAUUAGAAAAACGCUGAGUUAUUAUGAAUCACUGCCAUUUCGCACAUUUUUCGCUCAGGGUCUGGUUUUUUGGACCGAAUCAAAAACACUCAAAUCAGUAUUAUGACACUGAUAAACCCCUUGAUUUAUUUAAAAGGAGACAAUAUGUUGGUUGUUAAAAUAAAAAUACAAAAACGUGAAAAAA